AUGUAAUACUUUAACUUGGAAUAACAAAGAUAAUCUUCUUAGAACAAAUCUAAGAAAAUUUUAGUAGCUUUUGUUUGUGUGGCUGUAAUUGCUUGCUUAGGUUAUGUCCUCUUAGCAUCUGGCAGCAGUGAAAACAAGACCUAGUACAUUGUAAACUUAGCUUACAAUGCCAAAGAAAAAACCUAAAUUAUCAACUCAACUCGUAAAAUGAAUAUCUGCACUGACUAAUUCGAUUAGAAUUAAGAAUCUUUCAGAAAUGUUUGCACUCUUUACACAACAGAGCAAGAAAUUGUUGUUAAGAGAAUUUCUUAAGAUCAACUCUCAGUUUACAUUCUUUACAAGUCUAUUGAUGAAUAAAAAACUGAUUCUGCUGCCAAACUAGAAACUGUUGAUGAAAUGAUUGAUGAUGGAAAAAACACCUAUGAUGGUUAUAUGGAUGAACUCGACUUAGUCUUUAAGGCUACCAUCUCUACUAAAGGUACUCUUUUAUCUUUAGAAUCCCCUAACGGUGAAUAACCAGAUACCACCAUUAGAUUAACUGAAAGACUUAUUCAACAAACUUUCCCUGAACUCGACCCUGCUCUUUAUAACACUCCUUAUGCUUUAAGAAGUUCUCAAAACAGAAGAAGAAGAGUUUUACAAGAAAUGAGUGCUGAAGAAAUUUAAUAAUUGCCAACUCAAGAAACCUAUCUUGGUGAAGUUUCUGCAGAAUACACCUUCAAUGUUGAUUAAAGCGGAAACACCAUCCUUUAAAAGUAAUACACCGAUUACGAUUUUGUUAACUACUCUUACGAUUUAGGUGGUGACAAGCCUGACGUCAAGUAUAACUCUCUUACUGUUGUAAACGACUAAGGUAUUAUUAACUCAAACGAAGAAGCUAUGCACUUCAAUAUUACUGAUCCUACUAUCAACAAUUCUAAUGGAGAGUAUGAAGAAAUGAUCGGUCUCAUCUCCGUUAAAAUCGAAUCAAGCAUGGUUGUAAAUCAUGUCAGAGAAUCAGAUGAUGAGCUUUUAGAAGGAAUCAGAAAAUACGAAGAAAACAACGCCUUUUCUACUGUUGAUCUUGCUUCUGAUGGAGGUUUACUCAAUAUUAACUCCAACAACGACACCAUUAAACUAGAAACUGGAGACAAACCCUUAUUAGGUGCUAGUGCCAUCUACGCUUACACUAAGGAUAUCAGUGUUUUCAAGAAAUCCAUUUUCAAGCAAUCUAUAGAAAUGAAAAUUAUUCAAGAAAAUUAUGAAAUCUAUUCUGAUGUUUCUGCUGCCAUUUUCUUAAAUGAUAAAAAAGUCACUGAUCUCUACUCAUUGAGAGUAAAUCAUCCUUGGUUAGCUUGCCAAUCAAGCAAAUCAGGCUCAGGCUCUAACUUCGAUAAGAAUUUCAAAAUAUUUGAAGUUUAAUUCCCCAUUCUUGGUAUUAUUACUAUUCCUAUUAGAGCUUACAUUAAUGUUUAGAUGGGAUGGUCCUUCAAUGUAGCUCCCGCUUCUGAAAUAUGCAAUAUCUCCUUCUAAACCUAUGCUAGACCAUCUAUCAACGCCGAAGGUGGUAUCUCUAUUCUUAAAAUAGCUGAAGGUGGUGUUACUGCUCGUGGUUCAGUUGCUAAUGGCUACUUUAACUUCAACCUCGGUGUUAACAGAAAGUUAUUCCAAGCCACUUUGGACAUUAAUGCUCAAUUAAUUCCCUUUGAAUAUUCAGUAGAUGUCUAUUAUAGAUAUUUCAGAUGUGAUUUCAAAUCUCUCUUUAAGAGAAAUCUCUUAUUUGGAAAAAUCUUCAAAAAAAUAGUCAAAGUUGUUUAAGUAGUUACCAACAUAGUUAAGAGAAUCACUCAUAUCUGCGGUCUUUCAAAUCCUAAGUACAUAAACAUUUCUAAGGGAUAAGUUGGUAAGACCGAAACCUUAAAUAUCUACAAGACAAUUAUACCUUUCAAAAAUAGAUCUUGA